UAAGCUUGUCAUGAGACAUGGAUCCCUAAGGGAAAGGAGAGAGACAUGAGGAGAAAAGGAGGCCAGAAACAACUUCAGAGUGGAGUUUUUAAAAGAUACUAAACAAGAAGGAAGAAAGGAUAAGCAAAUGUCUGGGCCACCUGUGAUGUUGCGGUAAUAAAGGUGAUGGCAUCAUCAAAUGAAGAGGUCAAUUCUUCUGGUAACAGCUUUUCAUACCUUACGGGAACAGGAAAUGAGAACAUUGCCAUAGCAUCUGAUGGACCUUCAGACUCAAGAUGUCCUAUCUGCUUGGAAAAAAUACAGAACGUGGCCUUCUUAAAUCCAUGCUUUCAUCGAUUCUGUUUUGCUUGUAUCCUAGAGUGGUCAGACAGGAAAGCAGAAUGCCCACUCUGUAAGCAGCAUUUUAAUUCCUUUUUUCACAAUAUCAAAACUGAUACAGAUUUUGAAGAAUACAUUGUUCCUUCUGAAAAUGUAUGCUAUGGUAAUUGUGAAGAGAGAUCAAGAACUGCUGAAAGACAUGAGUUCCCAGAAGAUAACGGGAUUUUGAAUGAAGUACAUUCAGGUCAUCACUCUCAAGGCUCAAGGCUGAGAACACUUGAUGAGUUAAUGGGACAUCUUGGUAUAAGGAGGACACCUUAUGCAGGAGGAUUGUCUCUUGGACAAAUUCAAGAGCAUGUUACAAUAAAAUUCAGAAGGGCCCUCUAUCAAUCUGGAGUGCGUGUCAGAAAUGUCCAAAGUAGAGGUUUUUAUAGGGAUAUAUCAGCAGAUUUUUUCCACAGAAAUCCCGCCCACCUUAACAGAUUAGUUCCCUGGUUGAAACGUGAACUACGAGUGCUGUGUGGAGCACAUCCAUCUUUGAUCAACAACAUACAGCAUAUCAUUUUGAAUAAUAUAACAAUUUAUGAUCUGGACAGCCAAGCAUUUUCUGAAAUUAUUCAGCCUUAUUUGCUCCACUUAACUAAUCACUUCCUGCAUGAAUUCAUCAAUUUUGCCCGUUCCCCUUUCAACAUUAGGGCCUAUGACUGGCGAGCCAGUUAUGACUUCCCUUUUCCUACAGAUGAUGAUGAGUCCCAAUCUUAUUCAUCAUUUACAACAUCAUCUUCAGAAGAGGAGGAGGAGGAAGAGGGGGAGGAAGAGGAAGAAGAAGAAUGGGAAAGUGAAGACUCAGAAGAGAAUGCAGAAGAAUCAGUGUCAAGUAAUGAAGAAGGGACAUGGGAUGAUGAAAUGCAGAGAUCAGCCAGUUCUGAUUCAGAUCAUACUCUGGAUGAGAUUUUUCUUCCUUUUGGAUCUUCAGAUGGUGAACUAUUAAGAAGUGAUGACAACAUCCAUGCAUUUUUUCAAGCUGAGGUACAGUUAGGCACAAACCACAGACACAGUACAUUACAUAAAUGUGGUCUUGAUGAGCCUGAAGAGAAUACAUCAACACCAUGCAAGUCUAUCCCCAAAUGUUUCGAGGCUUCAAAACACAUUUCAAUACAUUUCACUGAUGAUGAAGAAGAAGAAGGGCUGAUGAAUGAGCAAGAGGCCUUAAGAAGUCACUGUUUUGACAACAGUACUCAUAGUAGUACACAUUCUACUACUACCUCUAAUGUUGUCCACCGUUCUAACAGUAAUCAAAUGCUUAAUAAUCCACAGCUUCCAUCUCAUGAACAAGAAAACGAUAGCAUGGAGAAGACACUAUUGCACAAACAAGAGGCAGUUAGCAGCAAACUGAUCCGCCAUGAAGGAAAUGAGAUAUUUGUGGUUAAGAUACUUCAACCACAGACAGAAGACAUGUUGGUUAUUGAGCAUUUCGAAUGGAAAACAAGUGACAGGGAUGAUUUUGCUCAACUUCAAUGGCAUGGUGAAGAAACGUCUAACUUUAUGGGACCGAACUCUUCCACAGACAUAAUUCCAGGUGGUCCUGCUACCAAGUAUGAAGGUGGAUGUUUUUCACAUAUCAGAAGACCAUGAUUUGUAUAUCAGAAAAUUCAGUCCACGGGGGAAGUAUUAAGUGGCCCUCUUCUGGAGGUUAAACAUUACCCUCAGUUCAAUAAAUUCAUAUAUAUAUGAAAAAAAUGUUUAAUCC